AAGGACCAAUGUUGCGUUUAUCGUUUAUCGGAGAAAGAAAGAAGCACUCAAAUGAAAAUAGGUUUUAUUGUGUGAGAGAGAGGGAAGCUGUGAUCGAAGUUUGGGGGUUUUCAUUCACGAGCGACCGUUGCCGUUCAAGUAUUUUGGAGCUUUAAACUCAAAUGAGUUUCUCCCAAAAUUCCAUUUUUGUCGGUAAAGUCUCCGUCUUUCGCUUCCUCUCACAGUGCACUUGUUUCUGUGACCAGGUUGAGAGUUCUGAGUUGUUUUACUUUCUACACUUCACAUUCCAAAACUAAGCUUAAUAGACACUUUGGAGUGUAUAGGUUUCUUGAGGUUACAAAGUUCACACCAUGUCUAACAAUACCAACUCCAAACCUCAACCCUCUUUCUUGAAUGCUCCUAAUCCCAACAACCAACUUUUCUUGCAAAACAAUGGUGUGGGCAUGCCACCCCAGCACCAAGGGCAAAACUUGAUGCCCCCUUUUAUGAGGCCACCCAUGAAUGCAGCACCUUUCAUGAAUGCUGCAAAUCACAACCAUUUUCCCUUGCAAAACAAUCAACUGCAUAUGCCUCAUAUGGGUUUGCCUGGUCAUCAACAGGGUCAACCCCAUGUGGGAGUUUUGGGUCCCCAAACUAGUGCUUGCAAUGUCAAUUACAACAAUCCUAUGUUUCCUAUGCAGAAUGCAGCCCAGCUCAAUUUUUCUCAACUUCAGGGGCAAAUUUUAGCACAAAAUAUGCUGAAUAUGCUUCAGCAGCCUAAUAUGAAUAUGAAUAUGAGUAUGCCAAAUGGGCAGUUUUGUGCCCCUUAUCCUAUGCAAAAUAUGAAUCAACAGUUACCAAUGCAAAGGCCAAACCCUUCUCAAGGGGUUCCUUAUGGCAUGCAUCAUCCUGGUUCUGGCCCCAUGUUUGGGUUUCCAAACCAAGUGCCUCAGGCUGUGGUCCCUCAGAAUUCAAUGUUUUCUGCAAAUCCCCAGUUAGGUCUUGUGCCUGGAAAUCAGGCCCGGCCACACAUUGACCCGAAUGAGAAAAAACUGGCGCCAUCAAAUGUGAACUCAAAUGCUUUUGAAUCAUCAUCAACUUUUUUGCCUCAGCAGUUACAAGGGAAUACUUCUGGAUCAUUUAAUCCAAAUAUGGUUCCUACAAAUAACUCUCAACCUCAUGCAUUUAUGAUGUCAUACUCACAGGAAAAUCCUAAUAGCAACAUUAAAACUAAUGUUCCUAAUUCAAACUGGAAAGGAUCACCAGGCAAAAACUUCAGAAAUAAACCAACAAAUCGAGCGGGUUCUCAAAGAGGAUUUCAGAAGUCUAAAUUUCAUGAUGUCAACAAAGGAAACAGGAGAAUUGAAUUUCCUAAACAACAUAAUGGCAAAGGGCCUAACAGUUGGAGGGCAGGACAGGAUGGUUUAAAAUCAAAGGAACUUAAGCAGCAACCAGAAAGAACCUUCUAUGUGACUUACACUGAACAAGAAAUCCAACAGUGGCGUGAAGCCCGGAAAAAGAAUCACCCUUUCAGUAACAAGAUUCAGAAGAACAGUGAAUGCCCCAAAGACUCCAAGGUCAUUAAUAGAGAGGUCUUACAAAGAGAGCUCAAGGAAAUUUUAGCAAAGCAAGCUGAAUUGGGAGUUGAAGUUGCUGAAAUACCAUCAUACUACCUGAAGAAAUCUGAAAAUCAAGGUCUUCAGAGGGAAGGGAGAAACAAAUUUAACGACAAAAGAAAAUUUCAAAACAAGUCCAACAAGAAACCAGACCGGAAAGGUCAGUUCACCAAGAAACAGAAGUUUGCUGACAAAGAUUCUUCAGAAAGCCCUUCUUUAAAGAAGAGAAAACCAACUUUAUUGCAGAAACUCUUGAGUGCAGAUAUAAAGAGGGAUAAGUGCCACCUGUUUCAGGUUUUCAGGUUCAUGGUAGUGAAUUCUUUCUUUAAACAUUUUCCUGAUAAGCCACUCAGAUAUCCAUCCGUCUUGGUUAAAGAAAUUGGGUCUGAACUUGAUGGUGAAGAAAAAUACUUGCACACUAGAAAAGAUGUUUUUAAACAAGAGAAUGAGGAAACAGUUCAAAAAAUUGUAAACCUCAAUGACGAUAAUGGCCAUGAUAGUGAAGAUGAAGACAGUGAUGAUGAUGAGAAUGACUCUAUUGUUGAUAGUAAUCAGCAAAAACCACCUUCCUUGGUCAAAGGAAUUGAAAAAUCUGAUGAAGAGGAGGGAGAAAUUAAAGAAUGAAAUUCCAAGGUUGCUCUCUAUAAUUUUGAGUUAAGUUUUUUAACACUGAUUGUAACAUUUUCUGUUGAGUUAUUUCUGUUUCUAUGGUUGUUUUACCAUUACACAUAAUAUUACAGUAAAUAUGUUUUUGCAGCAAAGCUUUUGAAUACUAUCAGUUGCACUAUAUUUUGACACAGGUCAUGGAUUGGGCCUGCCAAGUUCAGAACUCUCCAAUGUUUUGAGCAAAGGAUCAUUAAGAUUAGAGACAGUUUCAUUAGAUAGUGAUAGGUGUUUGAUGCUAUGACAUAUAACAAUGUUCUAGUCUUCUGGAUUAUGAUUUUUUUGUACGUAAAAACUAAAUAUAUCUUUUACUACAAGGAAUUCUGUUUGACAUGGAUAAGUCCAUUUUCCAUUUUGAUGCUAUGACAUACCUCAAUGUUCUAGAUUUGAA